CGAAAAAUAAUAUGCAUAGUUAUUGUACUUUCUAGUGGCCAGAGAUUUUUGCUUAAAAAAUUUUGGAAAUAUCAAAAAAUAUUAAAAUUCGUUCAUAAAUGCAGUAAUUUGAAAAAUAACACCUUGAUCGGAAAGUAUCCCUAUCACAUCCCUAGCAACACCGAUAUCCUCGGAGUUGGUUAUCAUGCAAAUAGUGGACUAAUGUUGACUACAGUUGGAAGAAUUCGUCCAGGAGUUCCAUCAACCCUUAAUGCUUUCUGUGUGGCGGAUUACGAAAAAGGAAGUAGUCCUCAUAUUUGGGGAUUUCCUGACUAUAAUAAGAAUACAUUGAAGGCAUAUUAUUACGAUGACAAUAGUGCUUACUAUGCUCGGAAUUUAAGCAGGAAGGAAGGAGGCUAUUCUCCAGGAUAUUACUACUCUUACAGUGAUUACGAUUUUUCUAUAAUUUCGGUAUAUCAUCCAAAUGUUGAUGAUCAGUGCAAUCGUCUUUAUGUUGUGGAUACUGGUGUGCUUUCUUAUGGAGUCAGUGAGCUUUACAAUGUUCAAAAUCCUGCAAUAAUUGUUUUUGAUUUACCUUCAAAUGGAUGUCAAACGAGACAUUUUCCAGUGAUUCGGCGGAUAGAGAUUCCCAUAAGCUUUUGGAAAAAUCCUGUUGGAUUUGUAUUCAUCGCAAUCGACCAUCAAGCAAAGAAAUCCUGCGAUGAUGUCUUCUUGUACAUCACGAAUACAUUCGACAGCAGCUUAACUGUCUACGACUAUAAGAAAGGAAGUUUUUGGACAUUUUCCAGCCCUUCAAUGGGACCUAUCAUUGCUGAAUCUAAAAUGGUUUUUAACAAUUACUUCCAUUAUGAAUUCAUACUUGGAAUUAUGAAUGUGGCUCUCGGAUGGCAAGAUAAGAAGGGAAAUAGAAACGCAUAUUUCGCGCCUGGAGCUGGUUUUGCAGAAAAUGUCGUUUCUACUAAAGUCCUAAAAACCUCCCCGAAAACUUCUUUUAAGUACAACUUCGAGGAUUUUCUCCAAAUUGGAUAUCGAGGAUGCAAAUCGCAAACUUUUAAGCAAACAUUUGACCUUUCAACUGGCGUCAUCUUCUUUGCAGAAAUGCAGUCAAAACAAGUGCAAUGCUGGAACACCAAUUUACCAUUAAAUCCUGAUACGAUUGGUGUUGUUUAUGAAUCAGAGGCAUUAGCCUUCGUUUCUGAGAUAUUUGUAGAUUUUGAUGGAUAUCUCUGGUUCCAUUCCUGCCACCUUCCACUCACAUUCCUCAGUGAUAUUGCUCUAGAUAUGACUAAUUUUACACCAACAACGUUCCGGAUAACAGUUUCUGAAGCCAUUAAGGGGACAGUAUGCGAUUUGUAUUAUUAA